GCUGGGAGUGGUGGAGAGAAGCCAGGCAGGAAGAGGCAGUAAUAAGAAACAUUUUUUUGACUUCUCCCACAUCCAGACCACAGAGCUCCUGCCAAGCGGCUGCGUCGGACGCCGGGGCUGCCGAGCCCCCGGGGCCGGGCCGGGAACGGCGACGUCCCCCCACCGGGACGGGCACGGCCGCAGCCGCGGGAGCUGCCGCGGUGCCGGGACGGGCGGCGGGAGGGGAGCAGACCCAUGAAGCUCCUCCAAGCCGGGGUGCAGGGCACGGAGCAGAGCUGCCCCGGCUCCGAGAGUGUGAUCCCAGCCGGGAGAGCCUCGCCAGGGCCGGGCAGUGCCGCGGGCGCCCGCGGGACGCCGAUGCUGUAGGACGAUGCCGUGUGGAGCCGGUGGCCGCGCGGUGCUGGCGCUGAUGACUCUGUCCCUCGGCCUCGCAGCCGACGAGCUGCUGUGCGCCUGCGACGUGCCCUUCUGCAGCCAGCCCACCUGCACGGGCAAGGUGUGCUUCGUCAGCAAGAGGAGGGAGGAGGGGACCAUCACCCAGCACCGGGGCUGCUUCUCCCAGAACAUCCUGGAGCACUGCAACACGCCCGUGACGGAGCAGUACGGCAUGAGGUGCUGCGAGUCCCGCAUGUGCAACGCCGAGCUGGAGAUCUUCCUGCAAGGAGAAGAUGCCCUGGGAAAAGUGCCUUCCCUGCCCAACCUCCUCCUGAUGAUCUUCAUCCCGCUGCUCGCCCUCCUCGUCCUCGUGGUGCUCACGGGGCUCUUCUGCUGGAAGGUGGCCCAGCACCGCCAGAAGCAGAGUGACCUCAGCGACACUGACCUCAUGCUGAAGGCGUCCAUGGUGGGAGACAGCACCUUAGAGGACCUGCUGAGCGACGACUGCACCACGGGCAGCGGUUCGGGGCUGCCCUUCCUCGUGCAGAGAACGGUGGCUCGGCAGAUCACCCUCGUGGAGUGCGUGGGUAAAGGGCGCUACGGCGAGGUGUGGCGAGGCGUGUGGCACGGGGAGAGCGUGGCCGUGAAGAUCUUCUCCUCCCGGGACGAGCAGUCGUGGUUCCGCGAGACAGAGAUCUACAACACCGUCCUGCUCCGGCACGACAACAUCCUGGGUUUCAUCGCCUCUGACAUGACGUCGAGGAACUCCAGCACCCAGCUGUGGCUCAUCACCCACUACCACGAGAACGGCUCCCUCUACGACUUCCUGCAGAGAACGGCCCUGGACGUGGAGACCUGCCUGGGCCUGGCCUCCUCCAUCAUCUGCGGCCUCGUCCACCUCCACGUGGAGAUCUUCGGCACCCAGGGCAAGCCCGCCAUCGCCCACCGGGACCUGAAGAGCAGGAACAUCCUGGUGAAGAGCAACCGGCAGUGCUGCAUCGCUGACCUGGGUGAGAUGGAGGGGCAGGGUGUGGCACCCCAGGGAUUUGGGACCCCAGGGAUGUGGCCGGUUCCUCCAGAGGCCGAGACCUUCCAGAGGCCCCUGUGA